GACUUAGCCGUGGGUCCCAUUUCUCCCUGCAGGUAUCCAGUCCACCCCUCCACCCCACCCCGGCCACGAUGCUGCCCGCCCGGUGGUGGCUGGAGGGGCGGACGUGGCGCCGGGCACCAGCCCCGGCCAUGGGGCUGCAGGCGCUGUAUGACUACGCCUACGUGGGUGCGGACGGGCGCCCCGUGGCCAUCGCGGCUGGCGAGCGCUUCCGGCUGCUGCGCCAGGCCAAUGAGGACUGGUGGCAGGUGCGGCGAGAAGGUGCCUCCCGCCGCACCCGCCCCAUCUUCGUGCCCGCUACCUACGUGGCCCCGGUGCCCCCUGAGGGCAUGACGGAGCCAGGGAGUGGGGCCAAGAGGGCCAGUAUGGAGCUGCCCAGCUCCGCAGGGCUCCCACUGCCACGGGUCCGGUCUCUGGAGAACCUGCCCACAGCCAUGGUCAUGGCCACAGCCCCCUGCCAGUCCCUGCCUGAGCGGCGCCGGUCACAGGGGGAUGAGGGGGGCCAGGGAGUCUGUGCCCCGGAGGCACUGCCCCCCCACUCCGCCAUGGAGCCCUCCCCGCUGUACUACAACCUGGCGGAGCUGCAGCGGCCACAGGGUGACCCCCCCACCCCCAGCCCCGGGUGCCCCCCGCUGCAGGUGCUGGAUGCUUGGGAGCGGCACUUUGACCCGGACUCUGGGCGCUGCUACUUCUACAACCGCCAGACGGGCGACAAGUCCUGGAAGCCACCCCGGCGCCACCGUGAACCGAGCCUGGUGCCCGCAGAUCCCAGCAGCAAAGAUGCCUGCUCAGAGAUCCCCCCAGAUACCCCCCCAGAGAGCCCCCCAGAAGCUCCUCUGCAGCUGGCAGGAGAGGGGAGCCGAGGCCGGCUGGGGCGGCUCAGCUAUACCAGGUCCAUGAUCCUGCCUGAGAGCCGUACCCCCAAGGCCACGCACCGCCGCAACCGCUCGCACCACGGCCUGGAGGCCUGGCUGGGGCUCGAGUCUCCCACCACCGACGCCAGCCCCCGGCUCCCAGACCUGCCCCAUGAGGUGGAGAGAUUCGGGCUGCUGAACAAGACCAAGAUCGCGGAGGGUGGCCGGAAGCUCAGAAAGAGCUGGGGGGUCUCCUGGGUGGUGCUGGCCGGGAACAGCCUCAUCUUCUACAAGGACCCCAAGGCCCCGGUGCCAGCUACAGGGAAGUCGGGCUGCAGCCGACCCGAGAGCAGUGUGGACCUGCGUGGGGCAGCACUGGACUGGGCACGGGACCUGUCCAGUCGCAAGAACGUCAUCCACUUCCGCACGGUGACAGGCAACGAAUUCCUGCUGCAGUCAGACGACGAGGCAGAGAUCCAGGGCUGGUACCAGGGCAUCCGUGCUGUGAUCCGCCGCCUCGACCGGGAGAACCCCCUGGACUCCCCCCUGUCCUACUCGUUGCACCGGGCCGGCAGUGCAGAGCUGCUGGACUUCAGUGCAGAUGAGGACGAUGAGGGACCGAGGCUGAAGGACAAGGACGGCAGCAACUUCCCAGGCGCCCCCCGGAGCUCAGAGAAGAAGCGGGUCAAGAGCAAAUUGCGGCGCUUCAUCGCCAAGCGGCCGCCACUGCAGAGCCUACAGGAGAAGGGACUCAUCCGAGACCAGGUGUUCGGGUGCCGGCUGGACGCGCUCUGCCAGCGCGACGGGGACACGGUGCCGCGCUUCGUCCGCCUCUGCGUGCGCGCCGUCGAGGAGCGAGGUCUGGACGUGGACGGGAUUUACCGGGUGAGCGGGAACCUGUCUGUCAUCCAGAAGCUGCGCUUCGCCGUGGACCGCGAGCGAGCCGUGACCUCGGACGGGCGGUACGUGUUCCCUGAGCUGCCGGCACAAGGGGAGCGACUGAGUCUGCGGGAGCCCGAGUGGGACGACAUCCACGUGGUGACCGGAGCCCUGAAGCUUUUCCUGCGGGAGCUGCCCGAGCCCCUCGUGCCCACCGAGCCUGGCCUUGCCCUCGCGGCAGCCGCCAAGCUGCCGGACGCCGAGGAGCGGGUGCUGCAGGCGGCCGAGCUGGUGCGGAGCCUCCCCGCUCCCAACCGGGACACCCUGCGCUACCUCCUAGCUCAUCUCCGCAGGGUCACGGCCCACGCCGACACGAACCGGAUGACGAGGCAGAACCUGGGCAUCGUGUUCGGCCCCACGCUGCUGCGGCCCGAGCGGGACGUGUCCAGCCUGGCCGCGGCCGUGGACGCGCAGCCCCGCGUGGUCGAGCUGCUGCUCAACGAGUUCCCGCGUGUCUUCCCCGAGCCCUGACCCCCCCGCUGGAUCGGGGCCGUGUUACACUCCCCGCCACCCCCAAGUAAAGCGGCGCUGCCGGCUCCGGACGCCCAGUCUCUGCUCUGUGUGUCUUGGGGGGAGGAGGGAG